AUGGCCCACAGUCCCGUUCGGCCCACUACCAUUCCCAUUCAAAAUCAAAUUCUCCUCCUUGUUGUUGCCCUUGUGGAGCCCGCACUCUUUAGCUUUCGCGUCCUCCCACCACCACCUACCCUCCCUCUCAUGCUGACCUGGCAAGACGGGCCUCGUGCACGGCUCGCACCCGAUCGAGACAUAUCCCUUGGAGUGCAACGAGUUGACGGGCACGUCCAUGGCCCGCAAAAAGCUCCACACGUCGUUUCGCUUUGCGUUUGCCAACGGGUUCCACUUAACGAGGCUUGCGGGCCCACCGUCCAAUCCCUCAAAAGCUGGGUCCACCUGGACGACUGGGAUCUCGGAACGCGUGCCGGUGACUGGUCCUUGCGCUGGCCCGUUAUCCAGGCGCGAAGGCCAGAGAGGGCCUGUUUAAGGGGACGGACUUUUCGGACGCGACAGCACUCCUGGUGGCCGCGUCGUAGAAGGAGAAGAGGCCUUUGGUUCGAACCAGUGCAUGGCCCUCGGAAGCUUCCAGAAACAUGUACUCGAUGCGGAUGUUGUAACGCUUUUCGACCGGCAGUGGUCACCCUGAAGAAAUCUUGUCUCUUGAAACGUCCCAACAGACGGCAACUGCUGGUACGAGCUGCCCACGACGAUUGUGUGGUUCUCAUUGUCAUCGGGCUGAGAGAUCUUAUACCCGGGCUUGUGGUUCGGUCCAGGUUCGGUCGGGAAAAAGGUGUGAGACAUUAUGGUGAGUUGAAGCCCAGGGUUUUUCGUGUUAUGAGAUCUAUUCUGCCUUUCUAUGAAGAAAAACAUUUGCUAAGUGUUGAUUUUAGAAGGAGUAUAUCUAAGAAGUCUAAUCAGAGGAGAAGCUCGGUGCUUAGAGUCAUGAGCUCGGCAGGAAGGAGUUAUGAGCUGAGGAUAGCGGGGGUUGCAGCGUGGUGA